AAUAAGGUGUAGCAAGCAUGAGGUACAUGGAGCCAGAAAUCAGCCUAAACCCAGGGACAGGAGUCCCUUUUCCCAGCCUGAGGCUGAGCAGGGCAUACCAGUCCAAUGGGAGACAGGCUGCAUGCUGCUGGAGCUGCAUCCUGGCCUGGGCCUCUACUCUCUUGGAACCAGUCUGAGCAUGCUGGGACUGGGACAGGCUAUGUGCAGGAGACUGAGUGAGCUGCCUGCUAAUGGGGCUGGGCCACCCUGUGCUGCUCCCUGGAGGCUGAACAACGCUGGAAUUGUUCUGGCUCCUUUUGUCUCCCCACUCCCGCCUAGGCCUGGCCCGCCUCCCUGCUCAGCCACUUUUCCUAUGCCAGCCUGGCUGAUGGGAGCCUGGGACUCCACCCGUGGAGCUCUGGGCCUGGAGCUUGCUGACCCACCGGCCUGGGAGCACCCAGCAUACUCUGGGUCAUCGUGGAGGUGCCAAAGCAGCAUGCUCAGCCUCAAGCUACCCCAACUUCUUCAAGUCCACCAGGUCCCUCGGGUGUUCUGGGAAGAUGGCAUCAUGUCUGGCUACCGCUGCCCCACCAGCUCGGCCUUGGACUGUGUCCUCAGCUCCUUCCAACUGACCAAUGAGACAGUCAACAUCUGGACUCACUUCCUGCCCACCUGGUACUUCCUGUGGCGCCUCCUGGCGCUGGUGGGCGGCCCGAGCUUCCGCACAGAGCCCUACCACUGGCCCUUGCUCAUCUUUCUGCUGCCCGCCUGCCUCUACCCUUUCGCGUCGUGCUGCGCGCACACCUUCAGCUCCAUGUCGGCGCGUGCGCGACACAUCUGUUACUUCCUGGACUACGGCGCGCUCAGCCUCUACAGCCUGGGUGAGUUGGCGGCGGAGCGCGGGAGGGAGGCAACGCCCCUCGGUCAUCAGCUCCAGCGCCCCAUUCCCACACCCCGCCUCACCGCAGGUUCCGCCUUCCCCUAUGCCGCCUACUCCAUGCCGGCCUCCUGGCUGCACAGCCGCCUGCACCAGCUUUUUGUACCGACCGCCGCGCUCAACUCCUUCCUGUGUACCGGCCUCUCCUGCUACUCGCGGUUCCCAGAGUUAGAGAGCCCUCGACUCAGCAAGGUCCUGCGCACGGCUGCCUUUGCCUACCCCUUCCUGUUCGACAACCUCCCGCUCUUCUACCGGCUGGGGCUGUGCUGGAGCAGGGUCCCCACUUGUGGGCAGGAGGCACUGAGCCCCAGCCAUGCCUACCACCUGCUCUGUGCACUGCUCACUGGCUUUCUCUUCACCUCCCACCUGCCAGAAAGGCUGGCCCCUGGGCGCUUCGACUACAUUGGCCACAGCCACCAGCUGUUCCAUGUCUGUGCGGUGCUGGGCACCCACUUCCAGCUGGAGGCCGUGCUGGCUGACAUGGGAUCGCGCCGAGCCUGGCUGGCCUGGCAGGAAGCGCCGCAGGGCCUGGCUGGCUUGGUGGCCACACUGGGCCUGGCAGUGGCCGGAAACCUGCUCAUCAUCACCGCCUUCACAGCCUGGGUGCUUCGGGCCCCUGCCACCUGCCCCCUGGUGCAGGGCAGCCCGCCACUGCCACCACUGGGCAGGGCUUCUCAGGCUAAGCGCCAGUGAGACUGCGUCCCUGAGCCUGGCCUGGGCAAGGGGAGCCGUGAGGGGCUAAAGGGAGGGCAGAGAAGGGGAGCAGCAGUGUGAGGGCGCCGGCAGGAGAGGGAACCUUGGAGUAGAGUGGGGGUCUCGUGGUGGCAGUGGGAAAGUGUUGAGGGUCUGUAGGAGGUUUGAGGUGCAUGGCCAGGCUGGAGCUGCCCCAGCUCCAGUGGAGGCAGGGCAGGGGAAGGGUGGCCCCGUUUCUGGUGCUUCUGGAAGUCUCUGCUCAGCUCAGGGGACAACUAACACAACUAACCCACCCUGCGUGUUGGCUGACCUGGCUGGCCGCAGGCUGCUGCCUGUAUGAGCCAGGGAGCCCCAGGCUGCUGGGCCUUUGGGGCUGGGUCUGUUGGGGUGCGUAGUGGCUGCUGGAGGGGUGUGCUGGGCCCAAGGGGAGGCCUGGUUGGACUGUAGGCCACUACCCUCACAGCUUCCCUUUAACUGAACCAAGCAGGUGCAAAGGAAGCCAGCCAUCAGGGGCCUUUCUGAGCAGCUUGCUUUCUGGGUCUGAUCUGGAGCAACCCUCUCUCCACACCAUCCUCCUCACCCUGCCCUCCCCUAGCUCACAGACUGCACGCACACACGUCCAGUUCCUCCUUG